CUGCAUCUCAUCCUCUAUGUCAUCACGUUAAGGUCCUCCUCCACUCGCACCUGUCUCUUUGGGAAUAUAAAGGCUGCUUGGCUUCACAGCUCUUUCAAAGGCACAAAGAAAAGAAGGAUCGGGACGCAGGCAUCUAUAUUGACAUCUCAGCACUAGGUUAAAAAGUACCCCUAAAAGGCACCAUGUCGAUGGGACUGGAGAUCGGGGGCAUUGCCCUGGGCAUUAUCGGUUGGAUCAUUAGCAUUGUGGCAUGCGCUCUUCCAAUGUGGCGUGUUUCGGCUUUCGUCGGCGCAAACAUCGUCACGGCACAAGUCAUCUGGGAAGGUUUAUGGAUGAAUUGUGUCGUACAGAGCACUGGACAGAUGCAGUGCAAGGUCUACGACUCCAUGCUGGCUUUGUCUCAGGACCUUCAGGCUUCCAGAGCCAUGUCGGUCGUCGCCAUCAUCUUAGCCAUCCUGGGCGUGCUGAUCUCCAUCAUGGGCGCCAAAUGCACCAACUGUAUCGAGGAUGAAGCAUCCAAGGCUAAAGUGAUGAUCGUCUCUGGCGUGAUGUUCAUUAUUGCCGGCAUACUUGAGCUCAUUCCGGCGGCUUGGGUGGCAAACCAAACGGUUCGGGACUUCUAUAACCCCCUACUGACCGCUGCUCAACAAAGAGAGCUUGGGGCAUCCAUCUACAUAGGGUUUGCCGCCGCUGCCCUGUUACUGAUUGGAGGAGCGAUGCUGUGCUGCACCUGUCCUCCACGAGAGAAGAAGUACAAGCCGCCAAGAAUGGGCUACUCCGCUCCACGCUCCGUCAGUGGUGGAUAUGACAGGAAGGACUAUGUUUAAAAAGUUUUAAUUAUGUAAAAGAAAUUUCUUGUAGAAAAAUACCAAAAAAAAAAGAAUAAUUAGAAAGGUUUGAAGAUCUCACAGAAAGGGUGGAGAUACUUCUGAAAGGACUCCGCAAUGAAGGGUCAUGCGACGCUGUCAAUAUUUGCUUUUCGGCUAUUUUGUGUGUGUGUGUGUUUGUGUGAGUGUGUGUUAAGGGCUGGUUUCAUAGGCUUAACCGUCAGGGAUUUCAUGUUCAUACAUUUCACAUACACUUAGAAUAUUUUAUACGCUGUUGUUCAGCUGUUCUUGCUUUUUGUGUCAAAAGGUCAUCAAAGGCAUAAACGUGGUGUCAAAGUAUAUAUUUGAAACUGUUCCAAGCAGAUAUAAAGAAGCAAAUAUAAAUGUGAUAUUAUUUUAGUCUGAUGGCUUAUCUGUCACGUUAUGUAUGGAAGAGAAAGGAAGAGGAAGACUUUAGGAUGUAUUUACAUGUAUUUGCUUAUGAAAAUUACCCUUGACACAGAAACUGAACAUGUGUUUUGUUUUUCCUUUUAGGUUUCAGUUUGUAUGACAUUUCCUUUCUGUAAAGUUAGAAUCUUUCCUUUUUUUUACGCUUGUUUUAUUAUUCAUAGAUAUUUUUACAGAUUUCAAAGACAUUGUUGAUCGUGAUGUCUGGUUAACCAAUUUAAAAAUAUGUCAACUGUGUUGUUUUUAUACUCAGAAUUGAAUGUGUGGAAAAGUAAAACAGUCCAAUAGCUGAUAUAUUAAACAAAUGGUCAGUUACACCACACAAUAGACGGUUGGAGCGGUUGUACCUGUUUGGCCCUUUGUUGUACAAUUAGGGCAGAAAUGUGACACAUCCUGAGAGCGACCACUCGGUUUACAAACCUUAGGCAAGCUGUAAUGUUUGCUAUAGGCGGUGACACACAGAUCCAACCAAAACCAGUCUGAAUAACCGGCAAGGGGAACAGGGAUUGGGUUUGGAAAGAAACCUAUUAGGCACAAAAUGUUUAAGUGACCUUAUGCAUAAACUGAAUGUCUGUACUUGAUUCCAUUGUAAUUUCAAAAUAAAUGCAACGCAAACAGAA